AUGAACGACGCCCCAGCUGCACCCGCCGCGGCGGAAGCCGCUACUACCUCCCGCACCGAGAACCCCGUUGCCGCCUCCCCGUCGACCCCGCCUCCGACAAGCUGCAUCGGAUCUGUAUGGCUUGGCGUCUACGACCGUGUGAGUCACACGCGCUUUCGCAUCCACAUUGAGGAUCCAGUUUUUCUGUGCAUCCUGAGCAACGCGGUCGUCCCGGCUUCUGAGUCGGACGGCUCGCUGCCCUUCGAGAUGCAGGAAUUUGUGGAGUAUCUGGACGCGUACGAGCGAAAGCGACUGCGGCAAGCUUACGCAGCGCGGCGCGGGACGAACACGAACGGCGGCGCCGUUGGUAGCGGAAGAUAUGGCGUGCAUGGCGACCCCGCCGCCGCCGCUGCAGCGGCAGGAUCGUGUGGCGCGGGAGGUGUAGUAUCAGGCUCCGGCGCCAUCCACAGCGGGGCUUCCGGUGUUCCCUCCGUGUGCGGCCUCAACAGUUGCGCACCAGCCGGCGGUCCGGUGCCACGUAAGCUCGAGGAGACGCUGCGGGACACUCUGAGUGAGAACUCUGACUUCUUUUUCCGCGUGUCGAGUGUGGCGUAUCACCUCGACCCAAACCCACAAGGCGCCUCAGCGUGCGCGCCCGCCUCGACAAGUGCGGGCUCUGGCGUGACGGGCAACGUUGGCAUUGGCGCCCACUCUCCUAGGAAAGGCGAAGGUCUCGCGUCGGCUGCGGCGGGGGGCGUGGCGUCGCUCCUCACAAACACCAUCGCCGCCGCCUCGGCGACAGGACCACCGCCACGGCGCAACUACUCAGUGCACAGCGGCUACAGUGACGCUUUCCACCUGUGUGGUCGUCUCUUCGCGGACGUGUACAGAGAUCACUGCCGCGCGCUGGCGCAGAAGAUCGCGUCUGGGUUCUCUGGCCUGCGCGUCGAGGACUGCGUGAAGUUCCGCAAGGCAGUGUGGUCCGGUUUUCAUCUAAAGGCACUUGAGCCGUACCGUUCAGGUGCCCGCUCCGAGUCAAACCUUGAGCUGCGCUGGGUGAGCGAGAAGAUCAAGGAUGACCAGCACCUUUUUCCUUCACGCGGUGUAGCUCCACAGCAGCAGAGCUCGCAUGUGUCUCGACUCGUCGACGCGACACUGUCUUACGUCGCCAACGCGCGCCUUCGCGUGAGGCCCAGUAGCAGCAUUGGCGGCAGCGCCAACAGCAGCACCGGUGGAAACGGAGCCGCCGGUGCAGGUGGAGCUGGCGCUGCGGGCAAGGGGGGCGGCAGCGCCGCCGCCCGUGCAACCGUCAGCGGCGUCGCAGAGGAGAACGAGCUGAACACGUUCGGCCUCACGAAGCUGUUGCACAGCCCGAGCUGGCAGAAGGACGAUGAGUCGUCCGACUCCUGUCCGAGCUGCGGGCGCGUCUUUAUCAGCCUCUCGCGUCCCCUCGGCACCCGCGCACACCACUGCCGCAGCUGCGGCAUUCGCCUGUGUGUUUUCUGCAUCACAAAGCGGGCCCACUACUCCUUCGCGAAGCUUGCGAAACCCGGCAGCUCCGACGAGGCGGAGGAGCGCCUUGUCUGCGACACCUGCUACAAGGAAUAUGAAACCGUCAGCCAGCUGCACUACCUGGGGGCUCUCUUCGCGUUCGCCGGGCUGGGGUUCAGCGACUUGGUGCUCUGUCGCACCGUGAAUGAGCAGUGGCGCGAGGCAGCGGAGCUGUGCAUCAGCGAGUAUCGAUUGCUUCUGCACAACUGCGACGCUGACCUGCACUCUGUCAAGACACCGGUCGGCAUUCUGCUCCAGAAUAGCCUCUUUCUCCUUCUCGGUGACGGCCCGACGUCGUCCAUCCCGGUUGUCCAUCACCCGGAGGCAGCCUUGCUGCUGCUGAAGUUCAUCGCGACGGAGAAUCUGUGGGUGCCAGAUGCGUCCUACUACUUCAUUUGGCGCCUGAGCAGCUCAGUGCUGAAUCGCGCAGACACGGUGCUGACGGGUCUGCCCAGUCUGUCCUCGUCCGCCGCUUCAGCGGCGGAGUCGAAGCAUCACUCGUUUCAGUUGCCGGUGGUGCCCAAUUUUAGUCACUGGCACCUCUUCUGCACCGCCUUUUGCUCUAAAAUCGGCUCGAGCUACUUUUUUGUGAAGUGUGCGGAGCUACUUUGUGCCGCGCCGGCGAAGGUGUACGACGCCUACGUGGCCAGCGCUCUGGAGCGCAUGACGCGCGUGUACCUGAGCACGACGCCGCUGUGGAAGCGCUUGGCAGAGGCGAAUCAAGCCACCGCCGCUGCCUUCGCUGCACGGAGGUCGUCGCCGCCUACGACGGUGCCGCUUCCCCUGCCAAUGCUGUCAGACGUGACGGAGGGGCAAGUGGUCACGGUGUGGCUGCUGGAUAUGCUGCACAAGGAUGCGCUGGUGCCCGCGCAACGUCGCCGCUUUCAGCAGUUGCUCGAACAUGUCAUUCCGACCGUGGCGGGCUCGAGCCUUUCCCUGGUGUUCAUCAUGCUCCUGUCGCUGCAGUCCUACUCGUACUACGGCUACGACGAGGACUUGUUCGGCCUGUGGCGGACGCGCAUUGUGGCGGAGGUGGGACGCAAGGACCCUGUGGCGCGCGACCGUGUCGUGGCGACACUCGACUUCUUUCACGAGCUCGACCGCUUCUGCGCGCAGUCGUCGGUCGUAAGCCAGACGUCGGUGGUGGGCUGGAUCGUCGCCUACUGCAGACGCAGCACACCAAAGGCACCCGCAUCCGCCACCGGCGCCCCGGGCGAGGCGACCCCGCCGUCGGCACGGCGAGGCUAUCACCACUCCUACAUUGAUCUCCCACAUCCGAUACUGAACCCGUUCAAGCCGUAUAUUGUGCUCAAGUCGAUUCGCCUCUCUGGCAUCAAGGUGGCGCCGAACGCGGCAAGCAAGCCCACGUGGCUCGCAUUCAGCACCUGGUCAACCGCCGAGCACCUUGAGCGCCACACGACGACGGCGGCCAAGAAGUUUGAUGGGCCUACUCUGCCGAGAGGAGAGCCACACGCGGGGCGAAGCGGUGAGUGGCGCGAGAAAAGCACCGGGUCGGCACCAACGUAUCCCUCUACCAAAACCUCUGCACCUGUCACGAGCCCGGCGUCCGCAGUGGACGGCGUCUCGCCGGCGUCGCUCGACGACCCUUUGCCGCAGGAAUUCAUGUUCCUCUACAAGCGCGAGAACGUGGAGCGUGAUCAGCUCAUGUGCAUCUCGUCUCGUCUGCUGCAGAUACUCCUGUCGAGUGAGAUAGGGAACGCGGAGAUGCUGGAUUACAGUGUACUGCCGCUCUCCUGCGACUCGGGGCUUAUUGAGAAGGCGGAGGGGCGCGAGCUGUCGAACCUGGACAAUAUGGACAUCGCCAGCUACGUGCUGCACCGCGGCAAGCGGAGCUGCAUCAACUUUCUCGCCUCCGCAAAGCUGUUUCUUCUUUUAAACUACAUCUUCAGCAUCGGCGACCGGCACAAGGGAAACGUGCUGAUCGGCACGAACGGUGCGCUGCUGCACAUAGAUUUCCGCUUUAUCUUUUCUGAGAAAACGUUUGUGGAGAAGCUGGCGCGGUCCACAGUGCGCAUCGACGACGCCUUCUUGGCUGCCGUGGAGCAGUGUCAGCAGCGGCAAUGCUCGUGCUUUGCCGGGCCCUCGCCAGCGACCACUUCAUCAUGCCCUCAAGGCUGCGCCUCGUCGCCUGGGUUCCCUGGCAGUGGCGACCGUGGUUCAUCUGCGACCCCGACCAAGGCACCCGAGCCCUCGUCCGCCGAGAUCCGCGAGGCUUUCUUUAGCUCCGCGGCGGAGUGGUUCGUGCAUGUGCGUCCCUUCGCCGCCGUUUUCUACGAGCUCUGGCUCUACGCCGUGCACCGCCACACAGUCCCAUACAACGACGCCGAGAUGCUGAAUAUGCUGAACACGCUCUUUGACCGUCACGCGUCGCAAAUAUCGAGUGCGAGCAAGUUCAGCACGACCAUGAAAGAAUCCGUGAAUGUGUGUCGCCUCAAGGAUGUAACGCACUCGAGUGCUGAGGUGCUGCGCAGCUUCGCUGACCAGGUGUCGCGGAGAGUAUCGGAGAGCAGCGUGGACGCCGUGAAGAUGAUGGGGAGUAUGUGGAGUAAUUGGUGGUCGCGCAGAGAAUGA